UCGGGGUCGGCAGGCAGUGGGGCCGAGGGUCCAAGACCUCCCCUCACAAUUUAAUCUUUGGAACCCGGCACCUCUAGUGGCGGCAGAGGAGCACGACACGCGCCGGCCCCGCUCGCGCCCCAGCCAAAGGCGAAGCUGCAGCCGGCGCCGGGCCGGGGCCAUGGGCGCCCCGCGCCGCCCGGGUCAUGAGGACGGAGGCGGAGGCAGCGGGGGCGCCGCUCGAGUCCGGGGAUUUUGUGCAGCUGCCCGUGCCCAUCAUCCAGCAGCUCUACCACUGGGACUGUGGCCUGGCCUGCUCCAGGAUGGUGCUGCGGUACCUGGGCCAGCUGGACGACAGUGAGUUCGAGAGUGCCCUGCAGGAGCUGCGGCUGACCAGGAGCAUUUGGACCAUCGACCUGGCCUAUCUGAUGCGCCACUUUGGCGUGAGGCACCGCUUCUGUACCCAGACCCUGGGCGUCGACAAGGGCUACAAAAACCAGUCCUUCUACAGGAAGCACUUUGACACAGAGGAGACCCGGGUGAACCAGCUGUUUGCACAAGCCAAAGCCUGCAAGGUGCUGGUAGAGAAACGCACUGUGAGCGUGCAAGACAUCCAGGAGCACCUGGCACAGGGCCACGUGGCCAUCGUGCUGGUGAACUCGGGGGUGCUGCACUGCGACCUCUGCUCCAGCCCCGUCAAGUACUGCUGCUUUGCCCCCAGUGGCCACCGCUGCUUCUGCCGCACCCCCGACUACCAGGGCCACUUCAUCGUGCUGCGUGGCUAUAACCGGGCCACCGGCUGCAUCUUCUACAACAACCCAGCCUACGCAGACCCAGGAAUGUGCAGCACCAGCAUCAGUAACUUCGAGGAGGCCAGAACCAGCUACGGCACAGACGAGGACAUCCUCUUUGUCUACUUGGACAGCUGACAGCAGAAGCCUGGUGUGCCCAGGCCCUCAGACCCCACCCUGCCCCGCCCCAGCUGGGCCCACUCAGGAGUCCCUGGCCCAGGCCCUGGGCUGUUGGGGCUCAGAUGUGGAGCUGCAGCCUUGGCCCGUGUGACAGAGCCCUGGGGAACUCUAGGAGGCUGCGGCGUGCCUGCUUUGUCCGCCAGUGCUGAGUGUGUCAUCAUGCCACUUAGCCUGGGCACCUGCUGGUUGCUGGAGGUGUCCCCGGAGCGUCUGAGCAGAGCUUCCCCCAGGACCCUGAGCCUGACUCCAACCGUGCCCAGGGGACAUUCCGCCUCACAGGUGCCCUUGUUGCCUGCCAGCCAGGGUUAGGGGAGAAGCCGAGCCUGUCUCCCCAAAGACCUGGGGCCUGAGCCCUGGAGAGAAACACCGCUCGUCAGGACAGCAUCUGUGUGUGUGUAUCUGAUCCCGGCCCCCAGGGCUGUGGACUGCUCCAGGCCUCGCUUGGAGCUGUUCUCACCCUUCUCCCCUGGAAGUACUGCAGCGCCUCCAUGCCCUUUGGUGCCACCACCCCCUCUUGCCUCCCAGUGGACCCACAUUCCUGUGGCUGGUUGUGAGGCCUCCGGGGCCUAGGGAGGGCUGGACCUCAGGCAGAAAGCAGCCCUCCAGGUACCCUAGCCACGUAGGAUGGAGGGUCAUCAGGGGAAUAAUGGGGCCCUGGCUCCUGCUGGCUGGCAGUGCUGAGUGUGCUCCAGGAAUACCUGACCCUAAGGGCCAAGAACGGCUGCCUGAGCCCCAGAGAUCCCCCCCACCCACAAGGCCUCCUGACACUAGCCUGAGUCCCGACAGCAGGGCCCAACCUCCGAGUGUGGGGACCCCGAGUCUCGCAGGGCUGAGCGUGCUGGGGCACUAAGGAAGCAAUGGCACGGGCAGCCUGUGACCUCCCACCCACCCUGAUGUUCAUGCCAGGACCUCUUGCACAGAAUGCUGGGUCUCUUCUGUCUCAACAGAGAAGGGUGCUGCCUGCCCAGGAUCACAUAGCAUGGCACGUAGCAUAGACUAGAGCUCUUCCUCCCUCCCUCCCUCCCUUCGGUCUGUCUUUCUAGAUUUACGUUAUAACUUUUGGGAGGUGAGAAUCACCUUCAAGUAAGACAAUAAUAGUGAGAUUGCAGGUACUUUGGAACCACAGACACCUCUCUUUACGGGGCAGGUAAGCCAGCCCAAGUUCUCUUUCGAAGAGAAGGGGAACUCACGGCCCCCGGGCUGAGUGCCAGGGCCCUUCACCUUCCAGACAGCAUCUGCCCAGUCUGGGGCAAGUUUGCCCAGGACAGUGGUGGAGCUGGGUCUUGAACCCAGGUCUGCACCUAAAAAAUAAGGGAAAUGGAUCACUCCCAAAGGGGCUGGGGACACCCACCCCUCAUGGGCUGCCUCUGGCAAAGGGCAGGGGUGCCCCAACAGCCAUACUACACCUGUACCCCUGCAUCUUGGUCUUCCAGUGCCCAGGGCAUGAUGUGGUGGCAGCUGCCCCUCUUUCAGGCUGCAAACCACGCUCAGCUUCUGCCCCCACCUGCCAGCUGGCCCCUCCCCACUGUGGCUGCUCUGAGGGGCAGAGGUGGGCUCUGCUUUAGAAGGGCUAUCAGACCACCCAGUCGUAUUGCUCCUCGACACCAGGUACAGCCUUUGGCCAAGAGGGAGGCGCUGUUAGCUGGGCAGCCACCCUGGUUUCAGAGACUAGCAUUGCCUUUAGACUGGUCUCAUCUCUGUUGCCUUAAUGCUGGGAGGCCCAAGAUCCCAGGGAGUUCUGGGUCUACACUCAGGAGUACCACACGUGGCAGCUGUGGGGGUUGGGCGUCCUCAGGAGGGUCUGGGUAAAAUUGUGGUGAGAAUAGAUGUAUCAAGGAAAACAAUGAGAGGAAGUGAAGCUUUCAGGCUGGCUGAAUGUGAGUGAGACACGGUGCACAUGCUGGUGGGGCUGCCGUAGAGAGCAGCCUCCGUGGAGAGUAGUCACCGCACCUCAGCCCACCAUGUAACAUUUAGAAAUGCUCAGUCCCCAGGCUCAGAGGAUGGCUUCCAGGGACAAGCCACAAGUUAGAGGUCACCUAUCUAGAAGAUGAAUGAGAAAGCUACCUGCCCCUGAGAUGGUGCCACCUGCCUGGGGAGGGUCAUGGAGGCAGAACACAAACCACACUAUGUUGUGUUCUUGUACAAGUCAUGAAAGUGGGGCCGGAGAAGGAGCCUGGACAUCAGGAACUUCUGCCCACAGCAUGUGGCAUCUGUGGCCCCCUAUCCACAUGCUAGGGGACCAGUGCAGCUCCCAAAGCCACACUGGACAGCUGGCUUUGUUCACUGUAGCCACUCGGGGACAAAAGGGAUCUUUUGCACUGCAGAGAUUUUAUACAUAAAUAUAUUUUGUUUGUAAUGAGCCAUUCUCAAUAAACAUUCUCACUGCAAAAUGA